AUGGCGCAGCUGGCGCUUCGCUCGUGCCGCAGCAUUGUGGCAGUCAGGCCGUUGCUGGGCACGGCAGCGGCACCGUCCGCGGCACCUGCCGCUGCCGGGUUCAGGUCACGGGCGUCCGCAGGAUCGACGCAAAAUUCCGGCCAUCUGCGGGCUGGUGCUGGUGCCUUAACGGCCGCGCUGAGCACCGCCGUGUUAAGACGGCGUGGAAGAUGCCGUCGGGAAGUUGCCAGCUUUGCCACUGCCACGGCUGUGGAAGCACCUGCAGGUGAGUGGGCCUUCAGGGCUUCGGUUCUGGGCUGUGAAGGGGCUUUAUCUGGCCACGUUUAUUUAGAUCCUAAUGGGCGGGCGGCGUAUUUGGCAGACGGAGUGCAGAUCGUUGGUCGUGGCGUGGGCCAUUGGGCGACCAAUGGCGAGAUGGUCGCUCUGGAACUUGAUGUGUACCAGUACGCCGCAGCUGCAGCCCUCAUCCCAGAGAUCCCUCAUCGAUUUCGAGGAGUCUUUGAGCUCAGCGGAGUGGCCCGAGGCCCACAACAAGGGGAUUGGUUUGCCUGCCCAGACGGUGAGGCUCCACGACUGGUGGGCAGCCUUGAUGUGGCCAAGGAUACCAUGGAGCUGUUACCCUUGGCCAUGCAGAGCAGCGCCUCGACUGGUCCUGCACCUCGAGUAGACGCUGACCAGAGGAGUGCCGCGAUGGCUGCUUUAGAUGCACAGCAUGACCUGCGGGCCACACCAGCGGGAGCUCCGAAGUGGCAGGAACUGUUGGCACCCUACAAGGUGGGAAACAUCUCAGAGAUUUACUACAUACCCAACUGGAUCUCGAAAGACGAGGAGGCCGAGUUUUUCCAGAUCGCGGAUGGUGACAUGAGAGCCUGGGAGGACGACACCAUAUGA